CCAGCUAUUCCGCAGUCUGCCCAGGGGGGGCUUGAGAGUAGAAUGCAGCUUGUGGCAGGGGUUGUGCAACUACUGAUCUUCCAGCACUUGGCUCUGUUAAUGGCAAGGGCAAAGUCAUUAAAUGGUGCAUCCUCGCUCCACUCACAUGCUAGCAAAUGCAAUGACAACUCAUCUUCCAUCAUGUCACAGAUCCACUCGCUGAUAAUAAAUAUGCACUCGGAAGCCAAGGGACGCCUUGAAACUUAUGCCAACUAUCACUUCAGAUCUGCAGAUAUUAGCAAAGUGUGUAUUACAAAAGGUAAUGAAUUCCCUGAAUUCAGUGUAACUAGCACUAGUAGUGAAGAGGAUAAACUGAGUGAACUGUACGAGGUCUUUCAGUACAUGACCACUGCUAUUGGAAAUAUUACACAAGAAGAACAAAGGAAUCUAAAUCCAAGCAAUAAGAAUUUGUAUGAACAGCUGAACGCAAGCAAAAUAGAGAUAGCAGCCAUUAGUUCAAACUUAUUUUGUGUCCUCAACAAAAGGUAUAAAGUACCUAGAGUACAUAUGUACUACACGAUAACCUCUCUACACGCAAUGUCAAAAAAAAAAAGAGGAUGUAAAGUACUUAAGAACUAUAAGCACUUCUUGACACAAGCAGCAGACAUCACAAGAGAUUGGAAUAAGAGAGAUUAUACUGAAGACUCUUUUUCAGAUAUACAAACACCAGCUCAUAGGUAAAUGGAUGCGGUAUCAGCCAAGGAUUGAAUGUAGUCUACUUUCAAUAAAAUGAUUCCCUUCUGUUGGUGGAGCAAACUCACUUAUGCUCAACAAGCCUUCCUGUGGUCAGCAUUUUGGAAUAUUGUGACGUUUUUGCCUUUGGAAACAAAAGUACUUAAUUUCUCAGAUUUACAUACAAAUCCCAAUGUGGAAAUGUUGAAUACGGUACUUUCAUAUAACAUGACCUUGGAAAACUGGAAAAUUCAGCAAACCAGAAGGAACAAACUUGGACAAUAGCCCAAAUGAUAAAUUGUCUUUAAACAAAGAGAAAUUAAGAGAAUGAACCUCCAUUUUUAAAAAAAAUAUCCUUAAUUACUUAAGGAAUGAAUGGUGGAAACUGAGUUAAAAUGUUUAUUUAUAUAUUUAUUAUUUAACAAUACUUUUGAUAUUUAUAGAAAAAAACUCUAAAAGGCGAGUUUUUGUUCUUUUUUUCGACUUGAAAAGUGUUGUCUUCUGUAACAGAAACGGUAUUUAAAUGUCAGUAUUUAUUAUUUAUUGAUGAACUGCUAUUUUUUUGUAUGGAUCCUUUGUUUAUUCUGGGUCCCACCAUAUUUCAUUUGCUCAAUAAUGUUGUAAAGCAGUGGUCUUCACCCCGUGGCUCUCCAGCUGUUGUGUAACUACAACUACCAGCAAGCUGGAAAGCUACUAGCUGGAGACCACUGUGGUCUCAUUUCAUUUCAAUAAUAAUAUAAGAGCAAAUUUAUGUCUAUCCAAAAGUAAAUUUUACUUGUGGUGCAUCCUGUGGCAUUCAACUGGACUGAAUGUAAACACUUCCUAGAUCUCCUGGGAAAAGAAUAUAAAAUACAAAGUAAGAUAUUAACUGCACUGAAGCUACUGGAAUAAACUUAAAGGAGUAUUCCAGCACACAAAAAUCUGUCUCAGGUGCUGCAACUGUUUAACAGAACUUUAACAGAACUUAUGCUCACUUCAUCGAUCCCCCGUUGUUGAUGUUCAAUGGUGCCAGGGUCCCCGACGUACUCCACUUUUUGCUUCUGUUUCAACAUGGCAAGAAAUGGCUGCGAAUUCCACUCAACCAAUAACUGACUGAGGUACAGUAGGUCAUCGAGUAAGAGCAGGAACGAAGUAGAGCACAGAGGGGACCUUGGCACUGUUGGAAUAGCAGCUAUAAAGGAUUAAUUAGGGAAAUAUAGGUUUUGCUAUAUAACACAUGAGGCCCCAUGGACACUUGUUUUUUUGUGCUCUAGAAUACCCCUUUAACAAAAUCAGGUUUGGCAGACUCCACACAAGUCAGUGACGUAUUCUCAUGCUGCAUCUAUGCUCAGGAAGUCUUACACCUGACAGAAAGAGGCAGGAUGCAUGUUUACAAUGGAAACAUUUCAGAUAACUGAUAUAUUAGUCAGUAUAUAGGACCAAAAUUGUACUGGAAAUGUUUUUGUACCAUUCACAU